UACAACCCUUUUUAUUUCUUCUCCAUAUCUCCUAAGCUCAUUGAAAACUCUUUCCUACAUUCUCAGAAAAGAAAGAAACGGGAGGAAAACAAAACAAAAACAAAGUUGGAAACUUUGCUACUGGUUUUGUUGAUUUUAGAUUCAGAUCUCUCAAUUUUCUAUUCAGUUUCCACAAUGGGUGUGGUAACAGAGUCACAGUUCCAUGUUUUGGCUGUUGAUGAUAGUCUCUUCGAUCGGAAAAUGAUAGAGAGAUUGCUUCAAAAGUCCUCAUGUCAAGUAACUACAGUUGAUUCAGGCUCUAAAGCUCUCGAAUUUCUGGGUUUGAGAGAAAGUAAUGAUGAGAGCGAGGACCCAAAUGUGCUCUCUACAUCACCAGUAACUCAUCAGGAAGUUGAAAUAAAUCUUAUAAUUACAGAUUAUUGUAUGCCUGGCAUGACUGGUUAUGAUUUGCUCAAGAGAGUUAAGGAAUCAGCAGCAUUUAAAAGCAUACCAGUAGUAAUUAUGUCAUCUGAGAACGUUCCUGCUAGAAUCUCCAGAUGUCUGGAAGAAGGAGCUGAAGAGUUUUUCUUGAAACCGGUAAAGCUGGCUGAUGUUACCAAGUUAAAACCUCAUAUGAUGAAAACCAAAUUGAAGAAAGAGACUGAGAAACCAGGUAAAGAAGAGAUCGCAGCUUUGAAACCGGAGAUAGAAGAAGAUUCAUCGGUAAUUGAAAUCUUGCCUCUCCAUCAAGAACUUGAAUCCGAACAACACGAAGCAAUGUUGAGUAGUAAUAAGAGGAAAGCAAUGGAAGAAGUGAUUUCUACUGAUCGGUCACGUCCUAAAUACAGUGAAAUCACAACUUCAGACCAGUUUUUUUUAUAGGUUGUUUGUAGGAAUGCUUCUUCUGGUAAAUACAGGGUUGCCAUAGAGACUGAAGAGGGGAGAUAUAUGUAGAUGAUGAUGGUAAUUGGUUGUUACUUGUUAUUGUUCACUAUGGUAAUUAUCAGUAAAUUCCCAGUUUUGUUUACUGUUUUUUUUUUCUUUUGGUAUCAACACAAUCUCAAUCUCAAGAGUAAAACUUUUGCUGAGUUUUCUUUUGUUUCUUUUUAAU